UUUUUACCAACAAGUUCAUACAUUCUUCCGAGAGAGAGAGAGAGAGAGAAGAGGAGAGAGAGAAAAGAUCGAUGAUGGCAAGAGUGGAGGAUGUGGUGAUAGUAGGGGCAGGAAUAGCAGGGCUGGCGACUGCCGUGGCGCUCAAGAAAGCUGGACUUAAAGCGUUGGUGUUGGAGAAAUCAGACAGCCUCAGAGUCACCGGUGCAGCUUUAACCCUCUUUCCCAACGCUUGGUGUGCCCUUGACGCCUUGGGUGUUUCCCACCACCUCACUUCUCUUUAUGCUACAAUAAAAAAGGGAUAUAUAACUAACAUUGAUACCGGAGAAAUCCAAGAAGUUUCUUUAGCCGCAUCCAAUGGAAAUGACCUAGUUGGACCAAGAUCAGUACACCGAAAAGCUUUACUCAAGGCUUUGGCAGAUGAGUUACCACCAAAUUCCAUCCGUUUCGCUUCCAAACUUACUGCUAUCGAGGCCCAAGAACAUGAAGGCUCGUCCAUUUCAGUUAUUCACUUGGGAGAUGGGACAAUAAUCAAAGCAAAGGUUCUGAUAGGCUGUGAUGGGAUUCACUCAGUGGUUGGCCGCUCGUUAGGACUUGCCGAACCAGUGUAUGCAGGUCGAUCAGGAGUUCGUGGCUUGGCUGUGUUUCCUCAAGGCCACGGAUUGGACAAUAACGUGCAGCAAUAUGUAGGACUUAACAGAAGGGCUGGUUUUGUUCCCCUCAAUGACAAAGAGAUCUAUUGGUUCUUUGUCACAUAUCUGGCUAAAGGGGCGGAUCUUGCCAAUGAGCCGGAAGUUAUAAAACGAGAAGUGAUUGAGAAUUAUGCCAAGGAUCUUCCUCCUAUUUACCUAGACGUUGUACGGCACUCAGAUCUUUCAACAUUGUCAUGGGCUCCACUAAUGUUCAGGUACCCGUGGCAUGUAGUAUUCGGGAACCUAGGCAAGCAAAACAUCACGGUGGCUGGUGAUGCCAUGCAUCCCAUGACACCUGAUUUAGGACAAGGAGGUUGCUUGGCAUUGGAAGAUGCAGUGGUCUUGGGCAGAUACAUAGGGACAUCCUUUGUACAAAAUGGACAAAUCGUGCCGAAAGAGAUGGUUAGCGCGAUUGGGAAAUACGUGGAAGAAAGAAGGUGGCGUGUCGCGCUGUUGAUUGCAGGAUCAUAUUUAUCAGGAUGGAUACAGCAGCCGGGGUCUGGUGGGGUUAUGAAGUUCUUGAGGGAAACCAUAUUUUACAGGUUCAUUUUCAAUCAGCUUGUUAAACUUUCACGUUAUGAUUGUGGAAAACUUGAUUUCUAGCUAGUGCAUUUCAUUGUCCACAAGAAAGAAGAUGAUCAAGCUUCCCUCCUCCACGGCAUUAAAUUAUUGAUGAUCUUUCAACAAGGAUCGACCAGAGACAGGAAUCUAAGAAGAACAGGAAAGAUUUAUGGAACCUAGUAGCUAUUACAUAAAUUUAUAUUUUCACAUACCUCUGCUGCUUUGUUGACAAAAGGGUAUUUUGCAUUGUAGUCUGAGAUCAAUAGCUAAAUAAGCAGUAUAUGCUAGUUGUGUAUAAAUGCCAAAGGCCACAAUUUACAAAAACAGUGUGCUUUGCCCAGAAUUCUAGUACUGUAUGAACUAAUUUACAACAAAUAAAA